CACCGUUUGGGUUUUGUUAUAACGUGUAUUGCUUACUCUCUUAUCUGCUCGACUUUGUACUGUUAAAACUUAUUUUACGCCCCUUCUUACGAAGUUUGAAAAGAUUCAUCUUUAACAGAUAAGUGCAAGGUCAGGUCUUGACAAACAACAUAAUGAUUGUAAAUCUGAUGCUUUUUAGUCAGUGUAUUCUGAUCAUAACAGUGACUGGUGCCUUUUGUGCAGACAUAGAACCUACCCGGAAUGAUCUUAUGCGUUAUCUGUUGGAAGAAGCAGAGUAUGAUCAUAACUUUCCACCAAGCACAGAAAAUGUUACAGAUGUUUCUGUUCAACUUUACAUCACUGAUUUUAACUCUGAGAGUGAUAAGGACAGGGAAAUUGAGUUUACACUCUACCUACGAAUAAAUUGGACAGAUCCCCGGCUAGAUUUUACAAGAAAUAAAACAACAUACGACGUUAUAAACUUUGGAGAUGAUAUGGUUAAAAAUCUUUGGAUACCUGACUUAUACUUUCUCAAUGAAAGACAGUCACGUUUACAUGGUUUGUUUGAAAGAAACCAGCUGGCAUACAUUUACAAAAAUGGAAGCGUUUUCUACAGUGGCAGGUUUAACAUUAAGUUACACUGUGUUAUGACCUUUGAGAAGUACCCAUUCGACACUCAAAAAUGCCCAAUAGAAAUUCAAAGCUAUGCUUAUUCGACAGACUAUGUACUUCUUCACUGGAAUGGAGACCAUGCCGUACAAAUUGACCCUUCGGCUGAUCCAUUUCAACCUAAAAUACCGUUACAGGACCAAAGCGUUGAGACAAGAUAUACGUACCCAAUAACUGGAGAAUUUUCAACACUAAGAACAGAAAUACAAAUACCACGUCCAAAAGGAUCGUAUAUCAUGAUGAUUAUAAUACCUUCAAUCAUUCUUGUUGUAACAGCGCUUACCUCUUUUCUCCUUCGAAACAAUAUAACUUCACGUAUAGGUGUUCCUACGGGUACUUUGAUCUCGAUGUUUGUACAGUGGUCAGGAACAUACGGUAGACUAUCACUUGACUCAACGUCGAUGUUUUUGGAUAUAUUGAUGGUUGGAAACUUAUCUUUUCUCGGGUCCAUUCUUAUAAUAAAUGCCUGGAUAUGUCAUUAUAGAUACAAUGAGUCAUCAUCCAUAAAUGGAAAUCAAAAGGAGGAAACAACCAUAAAUGGAAAUCAAAAGGAGGAAACAACCAUAAAUGGAAAUCAAAAGGAGGAAACAACCAUAAAUGGAAAUCAAAAGGAGGAAACAACCAUAAAUGGAAAUCAAACGGAGGAAACAUAUCCUCUUUUGCACACGAACGACAAAUCGACAGGUGAUGCAGAUAUGAAUCAGAAAAAAGAUUCAUCCAUUACCAGUCAAGAUAAGAAACAUCAACAAAACAAAUGCAGCGACUGUUGUCUUUUCAAAUGUGUUAACGACAAGUUAGAAAGGCUUGCUAAAUGGGAAUGGAUCAACAUAGCAUCAUUCCUCAUUAUAUUUGUAUUUUAUGGUAUUUCUUUAGCUAUUUUAAUACCUUUAUGGCUUUUAAUUUAGUGAAUUUAAGAAUAAAUAACCAAUAUAUUCUUUGAUACCUGUUUUGUAGUUUCAAUUUCAAUUUACUUGUAAGAAAACAUUUUGACAUUUUUUAUACCUUGUAAUUUUCCAGAUUUCGGUUUGAAAGUUAUUUGAUACAAAAACCAUAAUAAUAAUCGUAUUAACAAUCAGGGGUUUGACCUUUGGCCAGUUUGAUUGUUAUAUUUUAUCAUAAUAAAUCACAGAACUUAUAAUCACGCGUUUUUCUCCUGUAGACGGUUAAGUCAUAAAAUACAACUGGUCUAAGUGAAUUUACGAGAUGUGUUCACUUUCUGAUAAAACACAACCAAAAGCACGUAAUAAGAUCUUAUAGCGUACAACAACUAUGCAAAGCGAUUUAAUAAUGUUAAGUAGUGUAUAAUAAUAUAACAUCGCUUUUGAAUUGAUAAUUCAAUAUGGUUAGGCGAAAAAUUAUGAUUCAGUUGAGGGUAUUAUUUCAGGUCCUUUGAAACAAAUUAUGUCCUACAGAGACAUUGUGAAACGAGUUUAUAAUAAAUUGCAAUAAAUAAGCAAGGUAUAAUGCAAACCUUCAAACUUUUUAUGAGAUAGAUAUUUUAUACCCUUUUAUGAUCAUAUUCUUUUAUUUACGUUUUGCAUGUAUCACAUUUCUACUAAUUCAUAAUGGUGUUCUUGUAAACAAAAAUAUCCCUUCAUUCCUAUUAUCAGUCUUAUAAUUAUAAAUUAUGAUUUUGUUUAUAUACUACAUGGGUGUGCGUAUGUAUAUUUGAUUUAUCAAAUUUGCGUUUUGUUUGUUACAUUUGUGCCUUGUUUUUGGAUGUUAUAUACAGCUUAACUUGUAUAAUUUAUCAUGUUUAAGUCAUUGUGCCAAUUUCUUUGAUAUAGUAAAUAUCUUUUUUUUAGUAUCAUUGUUAAGUAUAAGACUUAAGUAAAAAUCUGUAAUCACGCUUUUUGUAAUGGAUAUUUAUGAAAUAGACUAAUUGUGCUUGUAAUAUUAUAUAAAUAACACAUGGGUUUGUGGGUAACAGUAAAAAUAUCAUCCCGAGGAAAAUACUGUUACCCGAGGCGUAGCCGAGGGUAACAGUAUUUUUACGAGGGAUGAUAUUUUUACUGUAACUCACAAACCCAUGUGUUAUUUAUUUCAUUACCCCGAACAAAAAUACUGAGAUGAUCUGAAAAUGUCAACUAAAUCUAACUGUAAUAAAAAUAAACCAAGAGUAACAAUAACAAAACUGUCCUUACCUUUUAAGUUUUAAGUGUACUUUACUGUAGGCCUACUUGAUAAGUUUUCUUUUUCUUUUAUUCUUUAAGCAAGUGAUGUUAUCUACAAAUCAUAAACAUACAAUAAGCUAGGUUUUAUUUAGGAAACAAAACACUAACCCAUUUACACGGUUAUGAUCUGUGAAAUCUGAUCCUUCUGUUUCCAGAAUAUUCUUAGCAUGGUUUUUGACAAAAUAACGAUGAUAUCCUAUGUCCACCAUAUCUGUAACGUUUCACUGAUUAAAUUUGUUAAAUAAUCCUUUGUUGCAUGCUUAAAUCUUCUGCAUGUUUCAGUUUGACACAUAAUUAUUUACAUUGCAAUCACUUCCGUUGAAAACGGAUGUUCACUUUUUGACUAUUGAGCAAAAAGAUAUUUUAUACGCGAAAAGUACACCAGGGUACAAACAACUAAAUUUUACGAGUGUCAUAGGGACUCCAGAGGAGAAAUUGAUGUCCUAUCGGGGUUUAACGUCGAAAAUAAGAAUGAAUCGAGAAAAAAAUGGCGGCCAUUUUAUUUCAUUUUAUUUAGGAAAUAGACCACGUGACCGCUUAAAAAAUACUGUUACCUAUGUAACAGUACAAAAUUUUUAGUCACGUGGUACACUUGCAUUAACAGUAAAAAUAACUCCCAGAGGCCUAUGGGAAAUUAGCAUUACGAAAAAGUGAGGGGUAAUAAUACAUAUUAUUCAUAUAUUGUUGGUUAUUCUAUGUGAGAGUAAAUAACAAUUUGUCAAGUUGUCUCCUGUAGUCAGUAUAUUAAUUAUACUAUGUAAGGAUAUAUAUAUAUAUAUAUUUGUAUUUGUAAUCAGGUUCUUUUCCUUUAGUCAGUAUAUUAAUUGAAUAUUAAUUGAAUAUGAGUGAAUGAUGCGGUAAACAGUGACAUAGUGUUUUGUGACGAUAUGGCAUACGCUUUUAACAGUACUUUCCACGAAGGUACAUCAUACUUGUUCAUAUUUUGACAGCUGCCUUAAAACAUGUAUAUCAUCCUUUUUGUCUUAUUUAAUAAUGAAACUUAUGCAUCGUGGUUUAUGUGAUUAAUAAUUACAUUCUUGACUCAAUACAUCGGAAUCCAUUAUACUGACAAAUUCAAAUAAUGACAGUGAAUUGGUGGGAACCAAUUUUUUUCAACGUUAUUAUAAUCCUUUAUAACGGAAAAUUAGUAUUCCGACUCUGACACAAUAAAAUUGGAAACCAUACAUGUUAUUUUCUAUAUAAUCAGUACACAUUAUACUGACACUUGGUCAGUCAAGUGCGCGUAUCAUUGACCCUGUUAACAAAAGCCGCAAGGUGUUAAAACAUGUAUUGUAGCUUGGUCAGUUGAUUGUUACACCUUAUUACAAUGUUAUCAUUUUCAUAUCAAUAUUUAACUAUUUUUUGGUUAUUAUUUUAAUAAAGUUGUUGUAUUAUGUGUAUGAUAUGUAAUGUGUAUAAUAAAGUGAACACAUAAACACACAAUUUCUUUUCAUUAUAGAUGUUUAUUAUAGAUCUAAAUACAUAAUGUUCAGAUAAGAAUAAAUAAGCAUAUCAUUUCAUGAUGAAUGAUGAAAUUCAAUAUGCUGACAAAUUCGAUAUACUGACAUAUUAUUAAAAGAUUUUUAAGUUUUAAAAAGGACAUAGUAAACAUAACAUUGGAAUUAUUAUCAUGUGUGUAUUUCUUAUUCAAGAAAAUGAAAAGGUAUUUGUAUUUAAUUGAAUUCCUUUGCAUUUCUAGCUCACCUGUCACAAAGUGACAGGGUGAGCUUUUGUGAUCGCUUUUCGUCAGUCCGUCCGUAAACUUUUGCUUUAAAUGACAUCUCCUCAUAAACCACUAAGCCAAUUUCAUCCAAUGUUCCUUUGGUGGUCACCUUUAAAAAUUUUUCAAAGAAUUUAAUUCCAUUGAGAACUCUGGUUGCCAUGGCAACCGAAAGAAAAAUCUUUAAAUAUCUUCUUUUAAACAACCCUCAAAGCUAGAGCUAAGAUAUUUGGCAUGAAACAUCUUCUAGUGAGUGUCUACCAAGUUUGUUCAAAUAAAAGCCCUGGGGCCAAAUUGGCCCCGCCCCAGGGGGUCAUUGAUUUUCCCUAUAUGCAUAUAGUAAAAACUUAAAAAUUCUUCUUUUAAAGAACCCAAAGAGCUACAGCUUAGAUAUUUGGCAUGAAACAUCUUCUAGUGAGUGUCUACCAAGUUUAUUCAAAAAAAGUCCUGGGGUCAAAAUUGGCCCCGCCCCAGGGGGUCAUUGAUUUUCCCUAUAUGCAUAUAGUAAAGCUUACAAAUUCUUUUUUUAAAGAACCCAAAAAGCUAGAGCUAAGAUAUUUGGCAUGAAACAUCUUCUAAUGAGUGUCUACCAAGUUUGUUCAAAUAUAAGCCCUGGGGUCAAAAUUGGCCCCGCCCCAGGGGGUCAUUGAUUUUCCCUAUAUGCAUAUAGUAAAAACUUAAAAAAUCUUCUUUUAAAGAUAUAUAGCAUGAAAUAUGUUCUAAUGGGUGUCUUCCAAAUUUGUUCAAAUAAAAGCCCUGGGGUCAAAAUUAGCCCCGCCCUGGGGGUCAUUGAUUUUCCUUAUAUGUGUAUGGCAAAAACUUAAAAAAAAUCUUCUUUUAAAAAAACCCAUAUAGCUACAGUUUAGAUAUUAAGCAUGAAACAUCUUCUAAUCAGUGUCUACAAAGUGUGUUCAAAUAAAAGCCCCGGGGUCAAAAUUGGCCCUGCCCCGGGGGUCAUUAAUUUUCCUUUUAUGUGUAUAGCAAAAACUUAAAAAUCUUCUUUGAAAAAACCUAAAUAGCUACAGUUUAGAUAUUUAGCAUGAAACAUCUUUAAGUAAAUAUCUACAAAGUUUGUUCAAAUGAAAGUCUGGGGGUCAAAAAUGGCCCUGCCCAUGGGUUGUCAUUGUUUUUAACUAUAUGUGUAGAGUAAAAACUUAAAAAAUCUUCUUUAUAAAAAACCCAAUGAGCUAGAACUUAGAUGUUUAGCAUGAAACAUCUUAUGGGUGUCUACCAAGUCUGUUCAAAUAAACAAAUAAAAGCCCUUGGGUUAAAAUUGACCCUGGGGGAGCUAUAUACAGGUGAGCGACCUCAGGGCCAUCAUGGCCCUCUUGUUCACUAUAUUUCGGUUUGACUCAGAAAUAUAUUUUAAAUUAUCGUGGAAUAGAUUUUUUCAGAUUGCUUUAUAAUCACAAUGUUGUUCACUCUAAUCCUCACCAAAUCCUUUCUCAAGAUUUCUUUGAAAAUGUUUUAUUUAAAUCAAAAUCGAUUUCUAGGUCUUCUUUAAAUUGUCAGUUUUAUAAACACUUGAAGUAUUUAGAAUAAGUUAUCUGAAAGGACAAAAAUAUAACAACACUGUAUUAAGUAGAAUGUUAAUCGCUGUGCCAUAUUCUAAUAUCCGUAUGGUAUAUUUGGGAAUAGAAAUAAAUGCUGCCGCAAAGAUUUCAAGAGGUCACAGACUAUUUAUAUGUCUAAGUUUGAAACACGACUCAUUAUUUUGAUUAUGUAUGCUAGUCAUAAUUAGUUAACAAAACAAUUGUAUAUAUUAAAUCGAUUAAAUUGGAUUUAGUCUA